AGUAUUGGAUAUAGGGAAGUCUAUUUCUUCUUCUUCCCCGGUUUGCUCUGAGCAGCCGUCGCUUCUUACUCUCUCUCGUCUCUCAAAAUCGCUCAUCCUCUCCGUUAAUCUCUCCCAAGAAAAACACUGCUUCAAUCCUCCUCUUCGUGCUCUCCUUCCUAAUCAGGAUCAACAAUCAUGUCUGAUGCAAAGGAAGAGAAAGCACAGGUCGCAGCCGACAGGAUCAAAGCCGCUGCGCUCACCGCCGCCAAAGGACUCAGCCGUACCCAAGCCGAGCGUGCAGCAACCGCCGCUGCUCGAAACGUCAACGCUUAUGGUCAGAAGGAAGAAGGUCCGAGCCGGUGGCAGGAGAAACGGGAAGCCAAGAGGCAGAUGUACUUGAUGAGUACCGAGAAAGCCGUCAGGCUUGGCGAAAGGAAAGACAAGUCUAUGUCUGCUUCUUCCUCUGCUGUCUUGGGAGGAGGAGGAGGCGCUUCUCAGUGUCAGAAGUGUUUUCAGACGGGGCACUGGACUUAUGAGUGUAAGAACGAGAGGGUUUAUGUGUCCAGGCCGUCCAGGACUCAGCAGCUUAAGGAUCCUAAACUGAGAACUAAGCCUUCUGUUGAUGAUCUUGAUGGUGGUGAGAAGGUAGAGGUAGCGAAUGGGAGAGAGGAUGGGGAGAGGAGGUUCAAGAGGAAGCAUAGAUCUGAUUCUGGUAGUGAUAGUGAAGCAUCUGUGUUUGAAAGUAGUUCGUCUGGGGAGAGUGAUUCGGAGUACAGUUCGUCGUCUGAGUCAGAGGAGGAUAGGAGGAAGAGAAGGAGUAAGAGUAAGAGUAAGAGUAAGAGCAAGAAGAAGAAGCCGAAGCAGAGGAAGGAAAGGAGGAGGAAGAGAAGUUACAGCUCUUCUUCUUCUUCUUCUUCUUCAUCUGAGGAGGAGGAGUCGUCUGAUUCAGAAUCAGGUUCUGACUCGGAGUCUGGUGAAGACAGAAGAAGCAGAAGUAGAAAGAAGAAGAGUAAGAGGCACAGCAACAGCAAACGUCGUUAGAAUUGGGUUUAAAGGAUAGUAUCUACUUUUCUUAGAGAGAAUCGUAUUUUGAGCUUACAUGAAGAAACUCACACUGCUUCUUUUCUUAUUAGAAUAUUAUGUUCUUGUCCAGUGUGUUGUGUCACACUGAUGGAUUUGAGGAUCUCCUUUAAGCUCUUUAGAGAACGUUGUAAACCCCACAAAAUCAGAGCUUUUAGUUUGCAAAUUUAAA